AUGGCCGCUCGAGUCGUGGCCGGGUCUCAGCUAAAAGAGGAAGCUGUUGCAGCAGCGGAAGUCGCAGCGGCUGCUGACGCCGCGGCUGCUGCUGCGGCGGAAGAGGCGACGGGAUGCCCUGCGGGAGAGAACAAGGCGGUGGAGUUGACCGUUGAGCAGAUUGAUUCGAUCUGCGAAGAAGCAGCAGCGGCUGUAGCGGCUACAGCUGCCGCAGCAGCCGGCGCGCUGGCGAGUGAGAAGUGGGAGGCGGAGGCCAGCAGCGAGGAGACGAACAAACGGAAAAGAAGACGGAGAGUUCACAAGAAGACGGCGGUGGGAAACUUUCCGUCAGCGUCGAAUCAACCGGAGGAUGGUGGGAGGUCGGACGGAGGAAGGGAGGAGGGAAGCGAGACGACGGAGAGCGACGGUUCUGAGGAAGAGAGAGGGGGGACGGGAUUGGAUGCGAGAAUCGGAGACGCAGCGGAUGCGGCGGCGGGAAACACGGAAGAGGUGGAGCUGGAUUCGCAGGAGGAGGAUGGCGACGACGCGGGUCUAUCGCUAUUCGACACGGAGAAGAACGACUCUAUGAUGGGCAUCGAUGGCGGCUCGGCGGCGGCGGAUGCGGCGGGGAGCGCCGGUCGGAAGGGAGGCGAGGAAGGGAUGCAGGAAAGAGUAGCGGCCGCUUCCAGGUUGGCGGCUGUGGAUGAGUCGCGGAUCGCCGUUGAAGUUUACGAGGAUGACGCCGUGAAUCACGGCGGGAAACCCGCGCACUCUCGGCGGCAAGAUGCAGCCGCGGAGGUCGCGCCGGAGGAUGCGGAGAGCAAGCAUGGCGGGAAAGGCCGCGCCGGGAAGUGCGCCGCCGCACACUGCGGGAAGGCGACGGGGAAGGAAGCGCGAACGACGGCGACGGUGUCGCAGGUGCUGGUUCGCACGAGCAUGGAGUCGUGUCGCACGGUGGUUCUGCGAGUCAGGGCGAGCGACACCGUGGACGACGUGCUGUGGCAGAUCCAGCGGAAAACGGGCCUGCCGGCGCACGAGCACCGCCUCAUCUACGCCGGAAAGCAGCUCGACACCUCCGCGCGCCUGCAGGAAGUGCCUGUGCCGCACGAUGCCACGCUGCAGCUGAUCGGACGGCUGAGAUCGACGCUCUUCCCCGACGUGUGGCUGCUUGUGGCGGAGAUGGAGGCGGGGCUGGCGCAGCUGCAGCGCCUGGAGGCCGUUGGCGCGGGCGUGGGGGAGCCUCCGCCUGGCGCGGGGAAAGGCGAGGGGGGCGGAAGGGGCGGAGGCAAGGGGAGUGGGAGGGAGGGAGGAAGGGUGGACGGGAGGGCGGACGGGGGUGAAGUCCCCGUGCACGAGCAGCGCGCGGAAGUGGCGGAUGGGGGGAGAGGAGGAGGCGGCGGAGGCGGAGAUGCGUGCAAUUGCGCGGAGGAGAGGGGAGGGAGGGGGAGAGGCGGGGGGAGAGGGCGGGGGAGAGGGAGAGGGAGGGGGAGCGGAGCAGCAGCAGAGGGAGCGAGUGGAGGUGCUGUGGAGGUUCAAGCAGGGGAUGCCAUGGAGCAAGAACCGGCUCAGGCGGAGCAGCAGCAGCAGCAGCAACAGCAACAACAACCACAACAUCAAGACCAGCAGGACCAGCAGCAGGAUGAGCAGGAAGCGCCAGGAAGCGGGGGUGGGGGAGGCGGCGCAGUGGUGCAGGAGGCGGGGGGGAAGGGGCGGCGGGAGCGGCUGAGCAAGUACUACGAGGACAAGAUCCACUGCGCCAUGGCGCAGCUCUUCGUGCGCGCGGUUGACACCAUCCGCUCCGGCCACGACGGCUGGACCAUCAAACUCGCCGAAUACAUCGAGGCCUUCAGGCUGGCAGGAGGUGUGCGGGCGGCCGUGCAGCUGCUGCAGCUGAAGGAGCCCCACCACAUGCGCUUUGCCGACCAAACCGUCGCCAGCUUCCUGGACGAGCGAGCGCUGAUCACAUACAUGCACGACUACGCCUGCCCGGGUAAAUUCGCGCGGCCACUGCUGGACUAUCUGGGCCCCGUUCUCAUGGAGCUGCACGUCCUGCUCGACUCGUGCCGCCUGCGACCCGCUCUCACCACCAGGUGUUGGGACGCGUUGGUGAAGCUGUUUGGCAAGGUACAGCUGGGUCGCUUCUGCCCGCAGCUCAACCGCUCCCCCGACUGGCUCGUGCGCAACCUCGCGCCCUUCCUCGAAAAGGCAGCCACGGACCUCUCCUCCUCUCCCUUCUCCCAUCCCUCCCACCCCGCCUCCCCACUCCCGCCCCUCUCUCCCCCCGAUCUAGUCGGCCGAAUGGCCCUCUCGCUCCUGCCAGAACCCCUCAGAGAAUGCAUCCCCGCGGUCCUGCAAGGGCUAUAUCUCCUAGCCGCGGUGGCAGCAGGGGCGGGGAGGGGCGGCAGCGCGGAGCAGCUAGUGGGGCUGCUGGUGAGGCACAGGGGGUGUGUGAAUGCGGUGAUUCAGAACCAGCACUUGGCGCCGGGAGGGGACCUGGCGUGGGUGUGCGAGCACAGGGAGCUGAUAGACAUGGAUGUGAAGAGGCGGUGGAUGGGCGCUCUGCUGCCGGAGCCUGCUGAAGACCAUGCCAUCCGAUGCACCGUCAUUGUGCACCGAGGCCCGUCUCUACUCCACGAGUCGUUUGAUCAGAUCUUCUACGCGCCUCCAGAGGCCCUCAAGGCGGGCCUGCUCGUGCAAUUCGUCGACGAGGACGGCUCGGGCGCGGGAGUCCUCCGCGAGUGGUUCAUGCUCGUGGGCUGCGAGCUCUUCUCAGGCGUCAACGCCCUCUUCUCCGCCUGCCCGGACGACCACCAGCGCUUCUUCCCCUCGCCCUCCUCCGCCAUCAACCCCGGCCACCUCUCCUACUUCCGCUUCUGCGGCCGUGUGGUCGCCCUCGCCCUCAUGCAUAACAUCCAUCUAGACGUGACAUUCGCGCUCGCAUUCUACAAGCUACUAGCCAGGCGCGAGGUGACCUGGCGGGACUGUAAAGACAUGGAUCCGGAGCUGUUUGCGAGCUGUCGGGCGAUCAUGGCGCUGCCGGCGACGGAUGUGGAUGCGGAUGUGCUGGGGCUCACGUUUGUGUGCAGCGUGGAGGAGGGCGUGGGCGUGGGGGAGAGCCGGGUAGUGGAGCUGUGUCCGGGCGGGGAGUUCAUCAAAGUCACCAACAGCAACCGCCACGCGUUCAUUGAUCUGCUUGUCAAGCGGAGGAUUGUUGCGCCCAUGAGGCUGCAGGCGCUGGCCUUUGCCGCGGGCUUUUCGGAGCUCCUGCACUGCCGGGACCUCCCCAUCUCACUCGCCCUCCACACCUCCUCGCUCCAUGCUUCCUCCCUCCACGCCUCCUCCCUUCACGCAUCCUCUCUCCGUCUUCCCCUCUCUGUUCCUGCUGGCGUCAGCAUUCCUGCUGCUGCCGUCACUGUGGCUCCUACUGGCGUCACCCUGGCCCCUGCUGGCGUCAGCAUGCCUGCGGCUGGCGUCACCAUGACUCCCACUAACCCUAUCAACCAUAUGCACAUGGGCGCGGCAGGGAAUGUGGAAGCAGGAGGGCAGCAAUGGGGCCGCGCUGCGCCACCUGCUGCUGCACCAGCAUCACCAUCAGUCAUGGUACCACUGGCUACAGCCGUGACAGCCCCUGCUGCUACAGCUGCAUUACCCAGCGUCCUACCCAUGGCAACAGCCGCUGUAGGUGUGCCAACCACUCCUGCCUCUGCUGCAUCGGUUGUAGCGCCAAUGAUGGUCGAAUCCCCGAUGGUUGCGGCUGUAGCGUCUGUGGCGCCGGUGGUGGUUCCGAUGAUGAGUCCGGCUGUAGCGGUGGUGGAGAGCGGGUGGGUGAUGCAGCAGGCUGUCCGGCCGCUGGGCGCAGGGGAUUUUGAGGCGCUGCUGUAUGGCGAGGAGAGGGACAUUGACGUGGCGGACUGGCGGGCGCACACGGACUACCAUGGCUACCGGGCAACCGACCCUGAGAUCGGGUGGUUCUGGGAGGUGGUGGAGGAAAUGACCAAGGACCAGCGCAGGCGCCUGCUCUACUUCACCACAGCCAUCACACGCCUCCCCGCUUCCGGCUUUGCUGGCCUGCAAUCUAGUCGCACCAUGUCCGGCGGCAUCCUCACGCUCCUCUCCUCCGUCGUCAUGGCCGUGCUCUUCAUCACCGAACUCCGCCUUUUCCUCCAGCCGAAGAUCGUCAACGAACUCUCUGUGGACCUGUCGCGCGGAGAAACCCUCAAAAUCAAUCUGGACGUGACGUUUCCGCGGCUGUCAUGCGCGGUGCUGUCGCUGGACGCCAUGGACAUCAGCGGCGAGCAGCACCUCGACGUGGUGCACAACAUCUACAAGCGGCGGCUGACGCCCAUAGGGCUGCCGGUGGAGGGGAUCGACUCGAAGCACGAGAUAGGGGCGAAGCAGCACGACGUGCUCAAGAAGCGCGACAAGUACGGCAACGUGGUGCCUGAUGACCAGGACUUCUGUGGCAGCUGCUACGGCGCUGCUGAGACGGACGACCAGUGCUGCAACAACUGUGAGGAGGUGCGCGAGGCGUACAACAAGCGCGGGUGGGCCUUCAGCAACGCUGAUGCCAUUGAGCAGUGCAAGAGGGAGGACCUGAUAGACAAGAUUCAGGCGCAAGUGGGUGAGGGGUGCAACAUGUAUGGCGUGCUCGAGGUGAACAAGGUGGCGGGCAAUUUCCACUUCGCCCCGGCCAAGGUGUUCUACACGGCAGGCAUCUCCAUCUUCGACCUCGUCAUGUUCCAUGACACCGUCUUCAAUAUAUCCCACACGGUCAACUCCCUCUCGUUUGGCGCUAAGUUCCCGGGAGCUGUCAACCCACUGGACAAGGCAGUGUGGGUGCAGGAGGGCGAGUCAGGCAUGUACCAGUACUUUGUCAAGGUCGUACCCACCAUGUACACCGACUCCCACAACCACACCAUCGCCUCCAACCAGUUCUCAGUGACGGAGCAUUUCCGGCCAGCACCAUCGCAUGACCAUCAAUCCCUGCCAGGAGUGUUUUUCUUUUACGACCUCUCUCCCAUCAAGGUGCAAUAUUCCGAACGCUACACCUCCUUCCUCCACUUCCUCACCAACGUGUGUGCCAUCGUGGGAGGCAUCUUCACUGUUACAGGCAUGGUUGAUGCCUUUAUCUACCACAGUCAGCGUGCCAUAAAAAAGAAAAUCGAUCUAGGGAAACUCAACUAA